AUGUUUGUUGUCUUCAGUGAAGCCAGUGUUGGAACGUAUACACUGUUCGCAGCCACAGUGGAUCGGCUUGCUAUUCCAUCCGGAGUGGAGCACGAUUUGAGUGGACUCAACAGGCUUCAAGGUCCAAAAAUGUUCGAUGCGGUCGUGUGGGGUAAAUUCGGCACUGUCCUUCUAACUAGUAACUGA